UUCAGCAAGUUACCCGCAGCUCUCUGUCUACACCAUGUCCUACAACUGUUCUACAAGAAACUGCUCUUCCAGGCCUAUUGGAGGACACUGCACUGUCCCCGUGGCUCCGGCUGCCACAGCUUCUUCCCAAGAUGCUGACUGUCUGAGUGGCAUCUAUUUGCCCAGUUCCUUCCAGACUGGCUCCUGGCUCCUGGACCACUGCCAGGGGUCCUCCUGUGAGUCCAACGCUUGCCAGCCAACCUGUUACCAGUCCAGUCCCUGCGUCUCCAGCCAUGGACAGGUGACCUGCUCUCGGCAAACCACCUGUGUCUCCAAUCCUUGCUCAACCACCUACAGCCGGCCACUCACCUUUGUUUCCAGUGGCUGUCAGCCCCUGGGGGGCAUCUCCACUGGGUGCCAACCCAUGGGAGGAGUCUCCACUGUCUGCCAACCAGCCUGCGGUUACUCCAGGACGUACCAGCGGUCCUGCAUGUCCAGCUGUCGAAGAACUUGCUAAGUGUGUAGGAGCCAGUGAGCGAAUCAAGACUCCAGGACCUGCCAGCGGUGUUUCCAGGCUCGUCCAGCGUGCUGCCUGUCCCUGAACAACUCUUCAUUGCUGACCACUGUUCUGACUGCUUGGCCGCUAGCUCUGAAGAAGCUGCCUCUGGCAAUCGAUGAUCUUUCUGGCUAGCACCAAGCUUCGUUUAAGGGUUGAUCACUGGUGUCGCAUAUGUCUCUGGAUGUUUCCAGAAACUUUACUUCCCGAACCCCUGUCUCUGGUGGUUUUGACAUGUUUUGACCUUGCUGCUGUGUCUUCUGGCUUCUGCUUUUGUGCCUCUGAGGAAGGGAACUUGUCUCGCUCUGUAUUUUCUCA